CUGCUCCAAUCCACAUCGCGCGACACUCAACUGCCUGAAGAUACUUGCUCGAGCCGUUAUCUACUUACGCGACUAGGUCCAAAAUCCGAUUCAAGAUCACUCGCGAUGCACCUCAACGCCCUCAUUGCCCUGGCGCUGCCGCUACUCGCCGCGGGCGCGCACCUCGGAUACCGACACAGUCACGACCAUGAGAAGGUCCACCCUCGUGCUAUGUACACCAACGUCGUUAUCGUGACUGAGACAAUAUUCAUGACCGUCACGCUUGAGCCAAAUUCAGGUUCUGCUUCCUCCAGUAGCUUCGUCAUUGCUACCUCUACUGCGCUGCCCGAGCCGUCCAUCACCGUGGAGGUUCCGCAGAAGGGCGUCCCUGCCGUCGCAUCCACGUCCGCAUCUUCUGUUACUCCUUCCGCCGCUCCUUCUUCUCCAGAUGGAAUCUACGCCCCUCUUGACUCGGUCCCGAAUCAGGCCAUCAUAGUCAACUCGUGUGAUUACGAUGUCUAUGUCUCGUCCAUCGGGGAUGACAAGAGCUGCGACAACAGCCCCGGGAGCGAUUGUGUAACGAUACCCGCUAACAGUACAUACACCGAAGCCAUUCGCACAUGCUACAAAUCUGGCAUCUCCCUCAAGGUCGCCAAAACCAAGGACAUGACGCUUCCGAUGCAAUUCGAGUACACUGUCUGGGACGAUCACACACAGGUAUCUUAUGAUAUCUCCUAUCUGGACUGUAUGACCAAGGACGGAACCAACUUUGACGAUUGCGCCGGCCACGAGAAAGGCAUUCAAGCCGCUGCCAAGGACGGCCCGGUCUUCCAAUGUGCCGCAAAUGAGCCAUGCGCUCAGCAGGCCUAUAUCGUUCCCGAGUUUGCGUACCUUCCCGACGCCCCAGUCGGCGGUUCCACUAUCGACAAGGGUGUGGCUUUCGAGAUAUGCGCAGAGAACAGGUCCUGAGCGACGCCGUCACUUGGAACGAGAUUACGAUCACGAAAUUACGACCGAAACAUAUCAUUGCCGUCUAACCCAACGAGGGGAUCUGGAUAUCUCUUCCGCAAACAUGAUGGAGCAAGAGUGUGUGUUGUCUGAAUAU